CCAGCAGGGGGAGCAGAGGAGCCACUGACAGACGGGAGACCGCAGAAGGAGAGGAACUGCAUUCACCGUCAGUUUGAGACUUUUUCACCUGUUUAACAGAAAACACCUGGUCUCCAUGGCAACUGGACGCGUAGUGGAGGUGUACCUGGACCUGCUUUCGCAGCCUUGCAGAGCCGUCCACAUCCUGCUGACCCGCACCAAGAUCCCGCACCGGGUCCACAGCGUGGCUCUGCGGAAAGGGGAACACAGAACCUCGGAGUUCUCCAAGCUGAACCCCAUGCAGAAGGUACCGGUGCUGGUGGACGGCGGCUUCGUCCUCACGGAGAGUGACGCCAUCCUGAAGUACCUGGCCACCACGUUCGACAUCCCUGAACACUGGUAUCCAUGGCAACCGGAGCGACGCGCACGCGUGGACGAGUACAUGGCUUGGCACCAUAGCAACACCAGACCGCAUGCUGCCAAGGUGUUCAUACUGGAGGUUCUGCUCCCUGCUCAGCUCGGCGGCCCGGUGGACCAGCGCCGUCUGGACCGGGCCCUGUCGGACCUUGACGUCACGCUGGAGCGACUGGAGUCCAUGUUCCUGCGGCGCCAGCCGUUCCUCUGCGGUGAUGACAUCACCGUGGCCGACCUGCUCGCCGUCUGCGAGCUCAUGCAGCCUCUGGGAAGUGGGCGGGACAUCCUAAAGGACCGCCCCCCGCUGCGGCGCUGGAGGAGCCGUGUCCAAUCAGCCGUUGGCGAGACAUUUGAUGACGCUCACGCCGUGCUGUUCGCCGUCAGAGACCGCCGCAGCGCCAGGCUGUGACCUCACCAAGGGGGUGGAGCCUCUUCAUCAGGACCGGUGUUCUAGAUUAACUCAGGUGUGCCCAGAACCGGUCCUGUGUGAACAUCUGUCCCUCUGUGCCGGCAGCGCAUUGCAGCCAGAGAGGAUCUGAUCAUUUCCACGGAGCUUCUGAUCGAUUUCUCAGUAAAAACAACUCAGAUAAUCAUGUCAAGGUUGUAACAUUUAGUUUAAUCGGCAGCUGUUGUUUACCAAAUUGUAAAGUAAUUGAAUAAACAAGGUCUUCUGA